AUGUCCACCAUCAAGAAUGUCGUCCUCAUUGGUGCCUCAGGCACUCUGGGUCCUCACGUGGCUAAACAGGUCAUUGAUUCUGGGUUGUUCAAUGUGACCACCUUCAAACGAAUUGGAUCAGUGGCAACUUACUACACUGGCUCGGGCUCCGCUAAGGUUGUCGAAGUUGACCUGUCCUCGCAAACGGCUGUCGAGUCUGCUCUUAAAGGCCAAGAUGCCAUCGUGGCGACCCUUUCGGCAACGGCGAUCGAAUCUCAGAAACCCAUAAUUGACGCUGCCGCUUCCGUUGGCGUCAAACGUUAUAUCCCAUCCGAGUUUGGCGGUGACCUUGAAAACCCUCGGGUCCGUACCAUUCCCAUCUUGGGCUCAAAGCUCGAAAUCCAGGGAUACCUCGCAGACAAAGCCAAGACUUCCAACUUGACCUAUACUCUCGUCUUCAACGCAGCUUUUAUCGAAUGGGGAAUCGAGAAGCAGGGUCUUAUUGACCGAAAGACCGACCACCCGUCCGUAUUUGGCGAUGGCGAUCUUGAGUUCAGCGCCACUUCCCUACCCACGGUCGGCGAUGCCAUUGUCGGCAUUCUGCAGCACCCUGAGGAGACUAAAAACCGCUCUGUUCGUAUUCACGACCUAGUCCUGACGCAAAACAAGAUCAUCGAGCUAGCCAAAAAGGCCGUGCCAGAGAGAAACUGGGAGGCUGUCCCUGAGGAUCGUUCCCUCGCCGAUUACCUAGCCAUAGCCUACAGCAACCUGCAACAGGGGAUCUUCAACGACGACACUAUUAAGGGGUUCAUUAAUACUGUUACAUUUGACCCUGCGUUCGGCACUCGCUUUCUUAGGACUGAUAAUGAAUUACUAGGCAUCAAGCCUCGUGGUGAGGAGUAUAUAGUCCAGAUGAUCAAGAAUAUGUUCAAUUAG